AAAAACUGAACUUUUGACAAAAUUUGUAAUCUGGCAUCGCCGAGCAAAAAAUUAUUUGUUUUUGUCAAAAGUUAGUUUGUUUUCAUUAAAUGUGUUAAAUAUUGAAAUUUGUAAUAUGAAGAAAAUAACGUAUUACGAAAAUAUACUUGAGUUUAAAGAGAAUACGAAUACCGCUCUACUUUUAAGCGACGUAAAAAACUGGAAGUUUUGUCGGAUUUGCUUGGAAGAUAAUACUCCACUUGAUACCGAAUUGAAAAGUGGUUGCGUUGUUGUUGAUGGUGAAUUUGUGUCUAUAAACGAAAUGCUUUUGAAAAUUACAGGAAAAAUGAUCAAACUGGAACUAGAAAAGCCAUCAAAAAUUUGUAAAAAUUGUGUUAAUAAAGUGUUUUCAUUAUACAAUUUUAAAUUACAAAUGAAUCGAGCAAAUAAUGUGCUGCAAAAAAUGAUUGAAGCAGUAGAAAAAGAAGACCAAGUUCAUAUUCAAUUAAUUGAUGUAAUACCAGGUGAAAUAGUAGAAACGGAGUGCACAAGUACAAACGAUCAGCACAACCUUGACUACGAUGAUAUUAAUUCAGAAUCUUCAAGUCAUGUGUCUAGUCCAACACGAGAUUCAAAGGAAAAAGAAAUAAUAAAUAAUGUGAUUGAAUCUGAAAUAAUUAAUUCAAAUAGUUUGAAUGAAAUUAUAGUAGAUGAUUCAGAUACUCAUAUGGAGACAACGUAUUAUUAUGAAGAAUUAAGUGAAGAUGCGCCUUCUUAUUCCGGUGCAGAUGUUACUGAUGAGAAAAAUAUCAAAUUAGAACAUGCAAACGAAUUUAUUAUUGAAGUAUGCAAUGAUAACAUGUCAAGCGGAAGUUUGCAAAAAGAUGUAGAUGAUGUGGAUAUAAACGAUAUAAAAAAUAAAAUAAAUAGUCAAAACACAUUUACGGAAAAAAAGGAAAAAUCAACAAAAGUCUUAUCUAACCUGGAUUGCCAGUUAUGUGGUCAGGUAUUCAUUACACAAAAAAAUUUAAUAAUUCACGCGCAAAAUGAACACCCAAAUGAAAAGGCAUUCGCGUGUCGGGAAUGUGGUGCCAAAUUUGCUCAUUUGCAGUCCCUGUGCCGUCACAUGAACCAACAUAAACCCGAGAGCCUAAAAUUUCCAUGCGAAUAUUGCGAUAGAACGUUCCUACGAUCCGACGAUUUGAAGCGUCAUAGUCGCAUUCAUACUGGGGAUAGGCCAUACGUAUGUGAAACUUGUGACAAAGCUUUCAAGCAACAUAGUGAACUAAACGAUCAUAAAACAACACAUAUGAAAGAAAAGUUUUAUAAAUGCGAUUUAUGCAAUAAUCGUUUUGGUUCUAGAAAUGGACUCUACAUACAUAAAAAAGCACACGAGGGAAGAAAGGACUUUUCUUGUGCGUUUUGUGAAAAGCAAUUCCUAACAAAUGGAGAACUUAAAUCUCAUUUAAAUGUUCACUAUAAAAAAAAUAAAAUUGAAGACACCAAAUAGCCAUAGAAAUAAUUA